AGGACAAGCGGGAUGCUGAGGCGGGAAGCGCUCUAGAAUCUAGAUCUGGUCGGGAAGUUGCUUCUUCUUCUUCGGUUCCUCUUUGUGAUUGUUGUCUUCUUUUGGGGCCUCGCAGCGCAACCUGAGCUUUAUGGCCUGCUGAGAGGGGGCAGGCCAGGCAGGUGAGUGACCAUGGCGGUGGCGUUGGAAGCUGUGUGGCUGAGGGUGAAGAACGUUUGCAAACAAAAUGGCCUCCUCAUCAUGUCGGUGCUGGCAGUGGUCAUCGGAUGCCUCUUGGGGUUCUUCCUGAGGACGCGGCGCCUCACGGAGCAGGAAGUGAAAUAUUUUCAGUUUCCUGGUGAGCUGCUGAUGAGGAUGCUGAAGAUGUUGAUUCUGCCUCUGGUUGUGUCCAGUUUGAUGUCAGGCCUUGCGGCGCUGGACGCCAAGUGCUCCAGUCGGCUGGGCCUCAUCACGGUGUCGUAUUACCUGUGGACCACCUUUGUGGCCGUCAUUGUGGGCAUCAUCAUGGUGUCCAUCAUCCACCCGGGUGGUGCCGCCCAGAAGGAGGACUCUGAGGACAGCGGGAAGCCCAUCAUGAGUUCUGCUGAUGCUCUGCUGGACCUGAUCCGAAACAUGUUCCCGGCCAAUCUGGUCCAGGCCACCUUCCAACAGGUAUCUCGCUCUCCAUCGUGUUUGCCACCUUGCCCGCCACCACAUUCAGAACGCCGACGCAAGUUUGUCGUACUCUGUUUGCGUCAGUAUCGAACCAGCAGUCAGUACACCGUGCAGGCCAAGCCCACGUUGGGUCAGGCACAGUCAGAAUCCACCACACGGCGAGCGCUCAUCUACGGCAUCCAGGAUGACAAUGGAAGCGACAUCCAGAACUUCUCCCUUGACCUGACUCCUCCCCCUGAUGUGCUCAUUAGCACCAAGGAAGGAACCAGCGACGGGAUGAAUGUCCUCGGAAUCGUCAUCUUCUCUGCCACCAUGGGUAUCAUGUUGGGGAGAAUGGGUCCAAAUGGGAGUGCCUUGGUCAACUUCUGUCAGAGCCUAAACGAGGCGGUGCUUCGAAUAGUUGCCAUUGUUAUUUGGUACUUCCCGUUCGGGAUUGUGUUCCUGGUGGCCGGUAAGAUCCUAGAAAUGAGUGACCCGUCAGCCAUGGGGAAGAAGUUGGGCUUCUAUGCGGUCACGGUGGUCUUUGGCCUGGUGCUCCAUGGCCUGUUCAUCCUACCUGCCAUGUACUUCUUCAUUACCAAGAAGAGCCCCAUCGUUUACAUCCGUGGCAUCCUGCAGGCACUGCUCAUCGCCCUGGCAACCUCCUCCAGCUCUGCCACGUUGCCUAUCACCUUCAAGUGCCUCCUGGAGAACAACCACAUUGACCGCCGCAUCAUCCGCUUUGUGCUGCCAGUGGGCGCCACCAUUAACAUGGACGGGACGGCACUCUACGAGGCCGUUGCAGCCAUCUUUAUUGCUCAAGUCAACAACUAUGAACUGGACUUUGGCCAGAUUAUCACCAUCAGCAUCACAGCCACAGCUGCCAGCAUCGGUGCUGCAGGAAUCCCCCAAGCUGGACUGGUCACCAUGGUGAUUGUGCUCACCUCCGUCGGCCUGCCAACCGAUGACAUCUCUCUGAUCAUUGCCGUGGACUGGGCGCUAGACAGAUUCCGCACCAUGGUGAACGUCAUGGGUGACGCUCUGGCCACAGGAAUCAUGGCCCACAUAUGUAGGAAAGACUUCAUGAAGGAGGGAGACGGAGUGCCGCUCAUCUGUGAGAGUAAGCCAGCCGCCAACACGGCUCUGCUCAUGAACUGUCACAACAACAAUGGCAACUACCGGCUUCCUUCCUCGGGAGCCAAGCAUGCCCUGGUGCCCCCCGAGGUGGCUCGUCUCAUGCAGCUAGAAGAGGGCGUGCGGCCGCCGCCGGACAGGAAGAAGCCCCGUGUGCCCCCGAGGCACCUCAAGAAGAACAAAGACCACUGUUCUGUUGACAUGAAUGGCCUGGAGACCAAUGUGUAGUCUCCACCGGGACUUGAACUUUAUGUCUAUCCACGGGCUCACAGCACUGCUCGGGCCCACGCCGCUCGAAUGUGCACAGGAUGAGUGACGUCACGCACCAGCUCGUCCUCCAUUGUUGUCUUUUGUCUGAGCUGUGAAGGCAUCACAGUGAGACUGAUCCUUAAGAACAUUUGAUGUUCUCCAGGUGGACCUGCAACAGACUGGUGGUGCUAGCAUGCAGCUUGUGGAUCCAAUGUAACUUGUUGGAUUCUGCCUUAAGACAGUGGGGGGUGCGAGACGCUGACAGCACAAAGUCCAUCCAUUCAUCUCUUCAUUCAUCAAUCCAUCUAUACAUCCAUGGCCUGGGAAUACCUCAGUGUCCCCCCAGGGGAAUUAGAGGGCUUCUGAGACAUUAUAAUUAUUAUUAUCAUUUGAAAUAUGUUGGAUUUUUAAAAAAGAAGAUCACAGGUCAGAUCAUGACCAUUAAAGCGAUGGUGUCAUGGCACCACCAAUUGAUCAUGGCACCUCCAUCAGCUGGCUGCGUGGUGCCAUGACUAUACCGCUUGCGGCCACUAGAGGGUAUAUUUCACAAUUGAUGAUAUGAUAUGCUGUAAUCAAAUCCAUCGUCAUUUCCGUCUUAUGACAUCAUUGCUCAGCGUCCAGUUUGUAAGGGAAUUUUAUAUAUAAUUAAUAUGAAUACAUACUAACUGUAUAUUUGGUAUGAUAGAUUGUGACAUCAUACAAUUUAGUUUUGCACUGAGGUUGUUCAAGUAAAAGAGUUCAACUACGUUUGAUGUUAGCGUUCAUUAUUAUUGCAUUAAAAAUCAAUAACCAAUUAAAGUGCACGUCAUGACAACAUAUGAUGUGUCAUGCAUGAUGUUUAUUCAAAUAGAAUUGAAAUUAAGGUCAGGUAAUAACCAUUGUAAAUGAAUGAAUGAGUGUGGAUGCACUACAAUGAAAAAUGUUAUUGUAUAUUUUAUAGACGUUAAUGUUGUGUCACUACGUGUUGUUGUGCCUCUGACAGACAAAAGAAGUGACAGUUGUUGUGUUGUUGUCAUGUAUUUAUAUGCUGUUAGACGGACGCAAAGCAAACUUUUGCUCACAUGUUUGAUUCUCAUGAAGCUCAGCUAGAAGGACAAGCUAGUCCCAAAAGCCCAGACGAGGACACAAACUUCAUCUGGUAUCCUGCACCAGAAAACUGUCCUGGACCAUCCUCAGGUAUGCUGCCACUCUAAACACAAACUCAAAGUCCCUCCCUUUAUGAUGUCUCCUCCUCUUCCUCUGUCUCCUCCUCUCCGUCCAUAUCCAUUCUCCUGAAUGGGACGUCGGCAGUCCCCCCGCCGAUGUCGAGCACCUGCAGGUUGGACAGAUGAGCGAAGGAGCUCUCGUCCACGGCGUCCACCGACAGCCGGUUGAACCUUGGACACAACCACAAGGUCAGGUGAUAGUCCCAGAGACCUGCUUUUAAGGCGUUUGCUGUGGAAGAACUCAAAACAUUGUUGUCUCACCGCAGGAAUAUGCCUUUGAUAUUGGGUGUUCCUUCAAAGGCAGAGGCGGGGAUGCUGGAGAUACGGUUCUUCUGCAGGUAGAGGUACUCCAGAGACUCAGGCAAGUCAGAGGGAAUGUGUGAUAGCUGGUUAGCAGACAGGUCCAAUGUCUACAAUCAUAAUAUAACAUUAUUCAGUCAUGGAACUGUCAAGUCCAACACCAAACCAAGGAACAUUCACAAGACAUGUUCUUGCUGUUGAGAUGUUGUAAACUAAACCGAGUUCAUGCACUUAACAAUGACUUGGACCAUCAUGCCAACCCCCAGCCACUCACAGUGAGCGCACUCAGCUCCAUCCAAGCCCCCUGGUAGAUGGAGUUGAGUCUCAGCUCGUUCUCACUUAGGAUGAGCUUCUGCAGCUUGUCCAUUCCCGUCAGAGCACCGUCCUCUAUGGAGCUCAGACGGUUGUUUUUGACCUCCAGCACCUUCAGGCUGCGAGGAAGGCCCGCCGGCAGUGAGUGGAGCGCGUUCCCUGACAGGUCGAGGGUCUCCAGCAGACGCAGCUUCCUGAAGGCAUCUCGGUGGAGCUUGCUGUUACUCAGCUGGUUGUAGCUGAGGUUGAGUUCUGUCAGCGUGUAAAGCAGCGCCAGGUCGUUGCGGCCGAUUUCCGCUAUGGAGUUGUGGAGCAGCAUGAGGGUCUUCGCCCGCCGGGGCAAGCCCCUGGGGACCCGCUCCAGCAGGUUGUUGUACAUGUGAAGAGUGUGAAGCUUCUUUAGGCCCUUGGUAGCAUGCAAAUGAAACAGUCAUUGACAAGCAUCUCAGGUGGACAAAGGAGGUGAAAGGUACCUGGAAGGCAGCCGGGUGGAUGAAACGUGAACGCAGUUUGUUAUUGUGCAGAAGAAGAUACUCCAGAUUCCGAACAGAAAUGAGAGCAUCCGCAGGGAUGCUGCGGAUGGAGUUCUUCUCCAGGUGCAGCAGCACCAGGUUGCGAGGCAGACCUUUGGGCACCACGCUUAGGUUGUUGUUGGACAAGUCCAAACACUCCAGGCUGUUCAAGAGGCUGAAAGACACAAAUCCUUAGACCACUUCUUGCUGCUCUUCUUUCACGGCAGGUUCUUGCCUUGUUUCUCCACCUGAAGGUCUCGUUGUCCAUGCCGUCGUUGCUGAGGAGGUUGUUCUGAAGAUAUAGCUCGCGGAGGUUCGGCAUGCUGUCGAAGGCUCCAGCGGGGAUCUUCUCCAGCUUGUUGCUCUGUUAAAACAUGGACAGAUGUGAAAGCCACACUGUCUCCUCCUCCAGUGAACACACAAACUUGCUUGUGAAGGAAGCACCUUCAAAUGAAGACGGUACAGGGUGGGGGGCAGGUUCUUGGGGACGGUCCGCAGGAAAUUGCUGGACAUGGUGAGGAUUUCCAGAUUGUCAGAACCAUUGAACAUGUGAUCAGGAAGCCCGGCAUCCGCUAGCUUGUUGUUGUGGAGAUACACAGACCUGGAAAAAUGCAUUAAUGUUCCAGGAGAAGACAUUGUGGAAUAUUUGUCAUCAUACCUCAGCUUUGGUUUGUAGCCAAACGUGUAUGGGAAGAUCUUGGUCAGUUGAUUGGCAGCGAAGUCGGCGCUGACCAAAGAAGGCGGUAAGACUUUUGGCGCUGAGGUUAGCUGAAAGAGCAAGGAGACGUCUUACAUGAAUGGAAACAUCUAGCAUCAAGUCAGAAAUCAGACAGGGAUCACUGGGGACCACCUUGUUGUUGGCCAGGUACAAGUAAGCCAGUUCUUCCAACAUCUCAAAGCCUUCAUCUUCCAGGCCUGCAAAUCCCAGCAGACAAAGUACUUCCUACUGCAGCCAUCCCAUAAUAUGACACAACAUAAUACCAUCAGUGGUGAGCCAGUUGUUCUGCAGGUUGAGCGUCUCAAGCUGGUGGAGGUGGGAAAGGUGCUCCACUCUUAUCUCCUCGAUUUUGUUGUUCUGGGGACACAAAACACAGACCACAGGCUAUGACGAGUGGCUCCGCCCACAUGUCCACGUGUUCUCACGCGUCAAACCUGUAGUGCCAGUUGGUGGGUCGUGUCCGGCAGCUCGCCAGGGAACUCGGUGAGGUCCACUCCGGCGCAGUCCACCGCCCCCUCGGCCGUGCAGCUGCAAUCCGCCGGGCAUUUGGGAUCCGAUUUCGCCACAGCGAUAUCAGGCUGCGUCACUGGCUCCUCUGCCUCUUGUUCCACUGGGACCUGGCCCAGAACCAACAGCCCGGCCAGGACCAGUACACUGAGAGCCUGCGGGAUGGAAUGCUUGGGAAAGGCCAUGCUCGAUGCUGAGAGCUCCUGUUGCAAAACAACAUGUAUGCUUUGGAUCAAAACAAACGUUCCUGGAAACAGAACCUUGUCCGAGACACUUUUAACCAUAAAGUUCUGAUGUGAAUCAUCUCCUGGCUAUGCUGCGCAGACAAGACUGUUGGGGGAUUCCCAGCAUGCACCCAGACAAACAAACUGAUCUUUCACUAGGACUGUGUUUCAAUUCACGCACUUCUGUCAGUACACUUAAAUAUGCAUACUAUGUAGACUGUGUACUUAGUACCUGAGGGUGUGGAUUUUGACAGUGUAGUGCGGUCCCAAAAUGACUACUAUCGUUGUGCACUUACUUGGAAUGACAAUCACAAUAUUUAUUUAAUGGUGAAUUGCAACCAUUAAGUUACUCCAACCCCGUUCCGCUACGUAGCCAAAAUAUUUACGAUGUACUGGACUUUACUGUUUUUCUUCAUUUCCACAUUUAGACUUAUCAUUGUCAGUGCAUAACUGCAUUCCAGUAAAAUGCAGUGCACUGUCGGUACCCACGUGUGCACUCAAAAGUGGUGAGUGUGCAGCUCCUAACCAUCCUCAGUCAUUGCCAGUCCUUGCUACAUCGAGGAGUUCACAAUUAAAAAGGAGAGAAGAAGAGGUAACGGAUAAAUAUUGCUAUUGUCAUUUCUGGUAAGUGUGCGUGAAGGUGAGUAUUGGAUUUGGGACUGCACUACACUGUCAGACAGAAAUGCUCAGUCUUCAUAGUAUACAUAUGAAUGUGAACACACUUAUGCACUCAAAAUGACAACUCCGGGAGGGCAGGAAUGGAAGCACAGCAUGUUAUAGAAUUAUAGCAAAUAGCAGCUAGUACGCGCUAUGAUCUUCUUGUGAUGCCGUGACAUGAUCUGACCUUUGACUUUAGGAGGUGCUGUGACUUCCUACCGCAAAUACAAACAACAUUUUUCCUCUAUAGACAAGGCAUCAAUCAGUUCCUUGACAUACAACAUGCACCAUCACACCCACUAAGAUGUAAUUGUACGACAUGUGUUGUCAUAGCAACAUGCAACAAAAAACAAGAGGACUCACAACAAGCAUGCAGCAGUCUUCUUCUACUUCAGCCUUCAGCUUCAGUCCACAUGCACGCCGUCCAUAGCAGGCGAGAAGUGUGCUCGACGCGCUCCAGAUGUGCGACAACAGGGAGGGAUG